AUGUCGUUAUCAGUUCUACACGAGGAGUCAAUUCGCAAAGGUCUUUCGAAAAUCAAUGCAUUUGGACUUCCUCAUUGGUCGUUGUCGGUAUUGGACACUGUUCCUCCAUCGCAUGUAUUGGAAGUUCAUUACAAACUAAAAAAUUUCAGAAAGACUUGGGAGUUUUUAAACUUGAUUGCUAAACAAGCAGAUUUGAAGAAACAUCACCCAAAGAUCACAACUGUAUAUAACAAGAUUGACAUUGAAUUGACGACCCACGAUGUGGGAAAUAACAUAACUGAAGCAGACAUAGGACUUGCUGAAGCUAUACAUCAAGAGUACCACAAAUUAAAAGGCAAUACUAAGAGUGAAAGUAAAUAA